AUGUCAACCUCGGAGAAUUUCGAUAGGGAUAUCGAGAUGGAAUUGAUUUCAGACUAUUUACGGUCGACUGGCGGUGGACAAUCAAUUAACGACGACGGACAAUCGGCCUACGAUGCGUCUUCCACACAGCAAUUGAAUCUUCCUUCGUUCGUGACACCGUUGGAGAUAGAACAAUUCCCUGGCAUGGAUGCUCUGUAUCCCCCAACGCCGCGUAAGUUCUCCAUGCCUGCUAUGCCAGCGCCCAACAAUCCUUCUAAUCUACCGCAGGACCCAUCAGCCUCGGAUAGUCUUCUGCAAGAUGAAGACGAGCAAGAGGUGGGUCCUAAAACGCGCAAAGUAAGAAGGAAUAUUCGGAAGGCCAACGGCGACGAGGCGUGUACUCUGGAGGAGUUUUGGUAUGAGGAAGGCAAGGAGUGGAAGGUCAGUCCGAAGAAGGGUGAGCGCACGGCAAACGGCACAAGAAAAAGAACAACGAAAGGCAUGGAGGGUUUACAAUCAGGACCAGAAUGCUACGCUUGCGGCAACAAGCUACAGUACAAGAACAUUAUGAAUAAUCGUCCUUGCGACGUAUGCGGCUGUUUCAAUUAG